GGUGUGUGUUCUAGUCCCAUUUUGUGAUCAAACCCUAUCUGUCUCGUCCGUCCGCGCCAGAAAAGCCAAAAUCAAAACCGACACACAGUGAAUCGGAGGAGGAAGAGAGCACUGAGAAAUGGAUGCAAUAAGGAAGCAGCUGGACGUGCUUAUGGGAGCGAAUCGAAACGGAGAUGUGACCGAAGUCAAUAGGAAGUACAAUGAUCGUGAUAUCUGUCGUCUCUUCUUGGCUGGUCUCUGCCCUCAUGAACUCUUCCAAUUAACUAAAAUGGAUAUGGGGCCAUGUUCUAAAGUGCAUUCGUUGCAGCUGAGAAAAGAAUAUGAAGAAGUGAAAGAGAAAGGUAUAGAUAACUAUGACAGGGACUUAGAGGAUGCAAUUGAUAGGCUUAUUAUUGAAUGUGAGAGGAAAAUCACUAGAGCUCUUAAACGUCUUGAAGAGGAGGAUGCCAAGGCUGCCAUUGCCAUUUCAGUAACUGAGGUUACCCAGACAGCAGAGGCCCUCGAGUUAUCAAAAGAGAUCAAAGAAAAGUUAAAAGAAGCUGAACAGUAUGAUCUUGAAGGCAAGACUGAUAUGAAGAUACGAGCUAUGGAGAUAGUUGAAGAGCUCAGAAUAAAGAGAGCUGAAAAACAGUCAAUACUUCUUUUAGAUGCUUUCAACAAAGACCGGGCUUCCUUACCACAACCGCCUCCCAAUGCUUCUAUACCAGAUGUUACUCCUGAUCCGCGUACACAAGAAAUGAUCAAUGAAAGGCUCAAGAAAGCAGAAGAUCUGGGUGAGCAAGGAAUGGUUGAUGAGGCACAAAAAGCAUUGGAAGAAGCAGAAGCGCUGAAAAAGCUGGCUGCGAGACAGGAACCUGUUCAUGACACUUCCAAGUACACUGCUGUUGAUGUCCGCAUUACUGAUCAGAAACUACGUGUAUGUGAUAUUUGUGGUGCCUUCUUAAGUGUGUAUGACAGCGAUAGGCGCUUGGCUGACCAUUUCGGAGGCAAGCUUCACUUGGGAUAUAUGCAAAUCCGUGAUAAGUUGGCAGAACUUAAGGAAGAAAGGAAUAACAAGAGGAAGGCAUAUGAAGAGGAUAAAAGAUCAAAAGAACAAAGCAGAGAACGCGAAAGAGAAUCUAGCAAGGAUCGUGAGAGGGGAGAUAGUCGCGAUCACAGGAGGGAUCAUGAUCGUAAUAGCAGGGGGCGUGGUUACGAUAGAGAUCAUUAUGAUAACGAAAGGGGUAGAGAUCAGUCCCGUAGUUACAAUUCACGAAGCAGUCACAGAUCACGUUCAAGGUCCAAGGAACGAACCAGGGAUCAUGGUCGGAGCAGGAGGUAUGAUCGGUAUUAGGAUGAAGACUAGAACUUGUCGACUGCUUGGGGAUCCGUUGAAUCCAAAACUGAUAAUGGAGUUUGUUUGUUGACUAAUAUUUGUUUUAAACAUGUUAUAAAUCAAUCACCUUGUACUUUGUUUUGAAUGGUGGGUGGUUUUGAUAUGUGUCCUUGAGAACUUGAGAUCUUGAAUUUGGUUUUUAGAUAUUGGCAUUUGUUUCAUCCUUUGGCCCUUCAACUUACUUGACUGUUGAUUGAUAUUAUUAAUAAGGAAAUAAUGUGCAACAUUGGGAU